GAAGCUCUGAGCUUUGGCUUGGCAAGUGAGAAGCUAUUGCCGUGUUUCUCUCACCAGCAAUAACCAGGAUCUCUUGGACAAAAUUCUCAGCCUUCAGUUCACACAGGGGAAAGGGUUUACCAGUGGAUAUGAUCUUGAGCUGCAUUCUUGUCUUCUUUGUCCUUCAUCCAGGGGUGAUGCUUCAGGAGCUUGCAGUGUUGAACAUGAAUGUUAUUGCUGGCGAGCCUGUUGUCCUUCAUUGUCAAGAUGACAUAAGAAACCAAAAUCCUACUGUGGUCUGGAAAUAUAAGUCAGCAGAUAUACUUCAAUAUUCUCGUGGGAAAACUUUUUAUGGUAAAAUUCCAGCUAAUAUAGCCUCAGCCAAACUCAAGGAUCCAGACAAUGGGGAUUUCUCUUUAAUGCUGCCACCAGACGCAUUGGAAGGACGUUAUACCUGUGAAAUAGGUGGAAAACAAAUUAAUAUUGACCUUACAUUGUGGAAAGUAAAAGGAUCUCCAGAUGGAUACCUCCUGGAGGGUGACACUUUACAACUGGAUCUGCUUUCCGCUAACAGGAAGUCUGUUCGUGUUGAGUGGUUUAGCCCCCAAAGUGUAAAAGUAACGAGUAACAAACCACGAUGGAAUCUACAAAAUGAUGGUUGGACACUGCAGAUAAAGGAUCUUAAUGUAGAAGACAACGGGACCUGGAAAUGCACUCUUCCUAAUAAUAAUCUCACCAUCUACUGUAAAGUCAGGGUGAUAGGUUUCGUUAAUUCACUGGAUGUAGAUAUGAGGUACGCAGCUGUUAAUAGUACAGUUGUCCUUUCAUGCCCAUUGAACAUCCACCUCCAUGAGAUUCCAAGGAAUAUCCUAACAGGCCUGGUUUGGAAAAAGGAUGAAAAGGAGGAUUGCGUCGUACUCAAUGCCAGCAGCAACUUAAAACCUCAAAAAGAGAUAUCCAAGGUCCAGUUUGAAGAUGCUGGAGAGUACCAGUGCCAGCUCAGAUUUACACAGAGGUCUUUAAAUAAGACCAUCCAGUUGGUAGUGUUGACAGUUUCUGCCAGUCCCCCUGGACUCCGCUCCAGAAAUGGGGAUGUGAACCUGUGCUGCCACAUCUCUGCCCCUGUUCCUCCCAAGGUUCAGUUGUGCUGGGCUAAUAUGAAUGAGACGUCCAAAUGUGCCUCCGACUUUCCCGACAGCAAGUUUUGCUCUACGGCCAGAACUGCAGAGCUGUGGAGAUGCAGUCUCAAGGUGGAGAACAAUGAGAAGAUCAGUAUGAGCUACGUUGUGGAGGCCACCAUGGUAAAGAAUGACUUCCCACUGAUUGAAGUAGCCUCAGGAGCUGGGGCACUGCUGCUCCUGUUGACCAUGACAGUUGUCUGUGUGUACACUUCCAAAAUGGUUAAACGGAAAAGGAAAGCAAAGAGGAUGGCUCAGGCUAAGCGACACUUGCUUGAAAAGAAGGUUUGUCAGUGUCAUAAGGAGCUGACAGAUGAUUACUAUCACACUUGAGCAAGAGGGUGUUCUGCUUCCAGGGACAUUUUUCCGUCACUAUUUUGCAGGUGGGACUCAAUGGCAUACUGGCAAAUUCAGGUAGCACAAUUAAAAUGGAUCUGGGUUUUUGCACAACAAACCCACUUCAAAAAGAAAGCUGGACUUUUUGCAGUAAGGAAAGUGAUGGGAAAAUGCACCGGAAAAUAUGGAAUAACAAUUGCUUUACCUGAUGUCAUAUAACCUCCUUGUGAACAAGUCAGAAUCAAUACUUAAAAAAUGCCAAUGUUGUGCAAACAAAUCAGAAUGAAUGCUCAGUCAACAGGUUGUCUAGAAAUAACGAGAAAGGCAAAUGUGCCCUUGAACUCGACCAAUCCAUGCUGGCUCAUUUCAUUGCCUUGCUUUUUUUUUAACCUUUGUUCAUAUGUUAACAUGCACUCCCACUACAGCUCUGGGUCCAAUGCACGCUUGCUGUAUAUAAGAGUGAGCACAGAUGCUUCCUGUUUGGAUGUUUUUGAUUUAAUGUUCUCCUAAAUUAAUAUUGUUACUAGAAAUACAUAAGCAGCAAGUGAAAGGCUCCAUAUCUCUUCAAUUUAUUCUCACCAACAGUGUCAUUCAAAAUUCCAAGGUGUGUGCCCACAUUAUAUAUUUUAAUUUUAAUUACAAUUGCUCAUAGACCUUGGAAUUCCAAUUUUUCUCUAUUUUUUCUUUAUAGUUGGUAAAAAAUAACUCAUAAAUCACUUAAUUAACAAGUCCCUAAGUGGUGUAUUUGUAUACAAGAAUUAUCAAUAAUGUAUGCAUCAAUAUUUAAAAACAAGUACACAUAACUAAAUGAUAUGUCCUAGUAGCCUUGUCAGAACAAUAAUUCAGCUGCCUGACCCUACACUGUCAAGGUCCUCUGACUUCAGAGCGGCUAAGCCAAUUGCAGCUAGAAGGACUGUGAGACCUCUCCCUGCUCAGGUAGCUUACUGUGAUAUUGGAGUAGAUCAGUCACACCCAUGGGCUAUGACCAUGCCAGCCAUAUAGAUGUGCUCAAUGGAGACAAGUACACAAAUGUUUUGAUUGAAAGAUUUACCAUAGCUUUUACAUUAUAUCAAUCAGCUGCUUCCAAGGACUGCUUCCAACAGAUUUUGGGAAUUGGGACCAGGAAAUUUUCUGGGUCACAAAAUGGCCUCAAACUCAGGUCUUUGUAAUUUGGGAACAGUCUGAUAUGAAUAUGAGAUUUGUAAAUAGGUUCAUAGCUAGAAAUUUGGUGGUGGUGGUGAGGAAGCAAAAAUCAGUGAAUGCAAAAUAGAAACAAUCUGACCACAAGGAAUCUAGUAUGUUCAAAUGAAAAGUAUUUGAUUUAUUAAUGUUGUCCAUCAUCCUGUACACUCAUUGAUCAAGGUACUGGAAGGCAGGAGCAAGUUUUCUUUACAUGAGGCAACUGAGCAGAAUAUUGCCUGCAUGUUUUUCUUAAUAUCUUUGUAACAGAAGGGUUAGAGACUGUCUAUUCUUUUUUAAAAUGAAAGCUAAAAAUUUAGGCUACAACCCGGAACUACAAAGAAAGUCCCAGGAGUGCUGGAAGAUGCUUGUCUCAUACUUGUGUCUCUUUUCAUUCUCAUGUUAAAAAGAUGUGUCUAUGCAGCCAUUUUCUAAUCACUUCCCUUCAUUCAUUAUCAAAAUGCAAUACAUUUUAGUAUUAACCUGUGCAACCUUGUGGUCCCCACUCUUCUUGUUGGUACAAUUGGUUUUAACAUCUUAAUAGAUUAAUCCUGUUUUAAUGCUGAUUUUAUAUGUUUAUAUGUUUUAUAUUUUUAUAGGUUCUUAAUGAUGUGUACUUGUUUUUAUCUGGAAGCCGCCUUGAGUUCCAGUUUGGAAAAAGGGCGGGGUAGAAAUAAUAAUAAUAAUAAUACUAAUGGUUAGAACAGAAUAAAAUAAAAUGGAUUACAGGUGGAUAAAGAUUUACCCUUGUCUUGUUUUGUGGGUGUUAUGAGCCAAACGUUAUUUUGAGCAGCACAAAUUUGUUUGCAUUGCAGUUCAAAUGGAUUGACUCAGCAAAGAGUCGGCUCAUAUUUGAAGUAAUUAAAAUUAAUACAAGGUUUACAUAAUAGAAUUACUGUUGAACUGAACAUUUUUCAGUUGCUAGUUUUAUUUGAAUUUCAUAGACCUUUAGUGUGCAGCCAGGGCCCAAUCUAGUUAAGCAUUCAUGCUUCUCAGAUCCAGCCCUGGGGUGAAUUUUAUCAUUUUAUCAUUGUUGUUAUGUGCCUUCAAGUCAAUUACAACUUAUGGCGACCCUAUCAGUGACCUCCGAGAGCAUCUGUCAUGGACCACCCUGUUCAGAUCUUGUAGAUUCAGGUCUGUGGCUUCCUCUAUGGAAUCAAUCCAUCUCUUGUUUGGCCUUCCUCUUUUUCGACUCCCUUCUGUUUUCCCCAGCAUUAUGGUCUUUUCUAAUGAAUCAUGUCUUCUCAUUAUGUGUCCAAAGUAUGAUAACCUCAGUUUCAUCAUUGUAGCUUCUAGUGACAGUUCUGGUUUAAUUUGUUCUAACACCCAAUUCUUUGUCUUUUUUUAGGGAGAUAAUAAAUUAACCAAGUUUCAUGUUGGUUUUUAAUCUAGAAAAGCUGCCAUUAGUCUUAUUUAUAUCUGGGUAGACUGCAGUGGAGAUCCUUGCUUAUCACAAAUUAGUGUCUUAUUUAAUACAGGGACCUUUCUAACCAUACUGUUUUCCCUCCUAGGAAUACAAUAGUGUAGGAAGGCUCUAAGGAUGGUGAGAGCUUUACGACAGACCAGGGUCACCUGCAGAUUGCCACUGUUUUGUGGGAAGGAUUCAGUUGCAUACUGAAAAUUUAAGUUUGUGCAAUUAAAGUGAAUUAAAGCACUCUGGCACAAGAGGUCAGAGCGUGCCUUUUUUAUGGACUUUUUGCCAUUAGGAAAGUGAUAGGGAAAUGCAUAAAAAGUGUGAGAUAAUAAUCAAUUGAUGGGAAGACCUAUAACUUAUGUGCAAACAAAUCACGGUUAAAUCAGGAUGAAUACUCAUUAUUGUAGCACCUCCCUGCUAACAAAUAAGAACAUAUGCUCAAUAAAGAGUGGGCAUCAUCUCAUGUAAACUUUGUGCCAGGAAAUCAGGGAGGAGCCCCAGUGAAAAUAAGUAAUCUGAAACAAAGAAGGCCUUUUUUUUGUAGGAGGAAAGCAAAUUAUAAAAAUCAAGCAUACAAGAACAUAAACUCAAAAAGAGUAAAUUAACUUAGCUAAAAUCUUAACACCUAGAAAUAGAAAGUUAUCAUUGUGGAGGGUUUCCGAAAAGCACUCUAGUGGCAGCACUCCAUGCUGCAGGUGUGACAUUUGAAAGCCAUUUCCCAAGUGUAUUGGCCCAGUCAUGUGCAGCAACUUUGCACCAGCACUCACAAUUGCCUGGCAGCAACUCAUGCACCAAUGAUCUGUGUAGAUCAGCAGUAUGACCUAUGGAUAGGCUAAUCACAAUAGGGAAGUUCAGAAGCAUAAUGCUGAUACCUACCUUAUGGCAUGAAUUAACCUCUUAUCUAAUAUUCUAUAUGUUUAUAUUGGCUAUUCUUGUAUCAAUAUGCUCUGUAUUAUUGUUUUAAUCUUAAUUAUGUCUCACUUUAUUCAGCAUUUUCCCCCAAGCUAUCAAGUGCCAACUUCUUCUUUUUUCCAUAAGGAAAUUCAUUCUCCACCACUACCACCCUGCCUGAAA